GUGUAGCAGCCGAGCGGAGCACAGAGACCCGGGAUCUUCGUGCUGCUGAGCGCAAACGCGAAUAGCGGGUCGAGUCCUCCUGUCAUGACUGUCGAAUGACCACAGCAGCGGUCAGUUUGACGCCUGCAGAGCACCGUGCAUGCAGCCGGACUGACAGCGCCGAGGCACCGCCGGAGCUUUUGUCUUCGAGGGGAAUUUUCAAGUGCAGAGAAUAGGCGUCUGGAGCAGAGUACCAAAAAAAAUUGAACCGGUUCAUAUUCACCUACGACGCAGCGGCCAUUGCAGAGGCUAAAUGAAGAACUUGUGAACAUGCACGAGGGAAGGACUCUACCUUUCACUUCGGUGACUUCCCCAGAUGCUCUGGCCCAAAGAAAGAUGGAAAGGAAUGGGAAGAACUUGAGCCAAGGCUGCUGCACAGCACCCGAUCAGUGAGCCAACAGGAGAUCCUCCAUACGCCACGUCGCUGAGCCUCUCACCCUUCCCUUUCGACCCCUCGACCUACAAGCGCCAUGACCUCUGAGCUGGAGAGUAGCCUGACUUCAAUGGACUGGCUCCCCCAGCUCAGCAUGAGGGCAGCCAUCCAGAAGGCGGAUGCGGGACACCACCACGCCCACCACCAUGGACACCACCACCACGGUCACCACCACGGGCAUGGGCCUGGCAAGAAAAUCACCAAUCUGGACCCAGGAACAACGCUGGACCAGGAGGAAGCUGCACAGCACAGAGACGGUAAACCGCCCUACAGCUACGCCAGCCUCAUCACCUUUGCUAUCAACGGAUCGCCGCGCAAACGGAUGACCCUCAGUGAGAUCUACCAGUGGAUCUGUGACAACUUCCCGUACUACAGAGAGGCGGGCAGCGGCUGGAAGAAUUCUAUACGACACAACCUGUCCUUGAACAAGUGUUUUCUCAAAGUGCCUCGCUCCAAAGACGACCCUGGAAAAGGUUCCUACUGGGCCAUAGACACCAAUCCGAAAGAAGACACAGUACCCAGCAGGCCAAAGAAGAGACCACGCUCUGGAGAAAGGCCUUCUCCUCUCCAGGGAACUCAGGCAGGCGUGGAGCAGCAAAGUGCACAAUCACAGUUGCUCAUUGGAGGAAGAAUUGAGGCAUCAACUCCUUACAGCCUGGAGUCAGAGUCUCUGAGGAUGGACUGCAUUAUGUCAGGAGGGACGUCCCCAACCCUGGCCAUCAAUGCUGUAACCAACAAGGUAGUGCUGUACAACCCCGAGGCAGAAGGCAGUGAGAGUCCUGGGAGUUUGGGCGGCAGUCUGAGCAACAGCCUUUCAGAGCAGAGUUUGGCGUCCGUCAACCUUAACAACCUGAACACCGCCGUCAGCAGCAGCAGCAGCAACGUACACAGCUACACACCAGUGAGUAGCCACUCCGAGCCUUCAUCCCAGUCCCUGAGCCUGCAACAGCCCACCCAGCCACCGCCACCUCCCCCACAGCCCCAGUACGGUCUGCCCGUCCCAGAGUCACGGGACAAGCAGCUCUGUUUCUCGGACUUUGAAGACCUCAGUGCUUCUUUCCGCAGUCUUUACAAGUGUGUCUUUGAGCAGUCGUUCUCGCAGCAAGGUUUAAUGGGUAUGCCCGGUGAUUCCAGCCAGCAGGCCCGGACGGCCUGCUCCUACCAGCACUCUCCUGGUGCAGGAAACGGUGGCCACCACCACCAACACAACCACAGUCAGGUGUCGCACCACCCCCACCACCCUCAACAGCACCUCUCUCCUCACUCCACCCACAGCCAGCACCAGGCGCACGGUCAGCAUGGCCAGCACCAACAGCACCCUGCUCAUUCCCAACAGCACCCAUCUCUUUCCCACCAGAGUCACACCGGACAGACCUGCCCCACAACAGGCAUGUCAUCAGACUGGUACCCCAACCUGGACUGGCUGAGGGAGAGCUGCCGCAUUGCUACCAGCUACAAUUGGGCUGACGUCGACCUCUCCCCAUUUCAAGGUCUAAAAGAGAGCAUGCGGCAGGCUGAGCUCAACAACUGGUCACUGGACGCCGCCCAGAUGGCUGACCUGUGUUCCUCCAUUAACCAGUUCUUCACGGCCACAGGGGUCAUCCCCCCGCAGGGUGGCGCCCACCCACAACCUCAGGUCCAACACCCGACACCACCGGGAGCGCCGCAGCACCCAGCUCAGCCGCACGAGGCGAUGCACCCGAAGGCCAGCCAGCACAAUCAGCACGGACAACACAACCAACACAUCAGCACGGUUGUUCUUAAGACAGGGGUCUCAAACCAGAAGUGGACCCUGGGACAGCAGUUUGAGACAGUGGUUAAGAAAAUCUUUCCAGCUUUGACAGCAGGGAACAUGUACAUCGACUCGAGACAGAGUAUUUCCUCUCUGAUGGGCCCCCCAGGAUACCCCCACAUGCCUCCCAUGAGCAACACGACUCCCACCAUGGCAGUUGACUCCUCCAUCGCUCUCUUAACAGGCCAUCUCAGCCAGCUGAGCCAGCAGCAGCAGCAACACAGGCUGCCUCUGGGACACUUCCAGGUGAGACGCAUGCUCACUGCAGACGACAUCCAGGACGACUUUGACUGGGACUCCAUCGUCUAAACUGAGCCGUGGUGGAGCAGAGGGAUAAAGAAAGAGAGAGAGACUGGGGAAAAAAAGAGAGAGACAUGUGAGGACAGGUGAGGUAUGGAACUGGCCGACCUGCUCCCUUUCACCUGUGUGAAAAAAAAAGAAGACAAUCCAACAGAAAACAAUGGAAAGUAAUUUUUUCUGAUCUUGCUGGCCUUUUUUCCUGCUACAAGUGGAUGGUGAGUCUAAAGACAAUCAUAAAAAUAAAAAAAAAGAGACUUAGACGGGACUGAGCCAAGCCACACAUCGUCCAAAGCAAAAGGACGUCUGAAGCUCUCUCAAUUGUCUCAUGUUUUGCCCCCCCCCCCCCCGCCCCCCAGUGCCAACAGGGUUACCAGUCGCCAAAGUGUCGUGAGAUCGUCAGUGAAUUGUUUAAAUCUUUUGUGUUUUCUGCUUCAUGUCCUAUGUCUGCAAAGUUUCAGCAUCUGUGCCUGAAAUGAAUAGAAAUCGUGUCCUCUCCAGAUUCCCAGCAGAAAAUCAAUUCAGCCAGUCUUUCACACAUACAGCAGGUCUAACCAUUUCAUCCUUUCCUCCUUUUAACAUUGCUUUUGUUCACUCUCAAUACUGGGCAUCUAUGUGGCCGUGAGUCUUUACAGCCGCAGUUAAAAGGAGGAUUUGUGAAGAAGAAAAUAAUGAUGGUGUACCUGUUCAACUUGAAUAAUAGCAAUGGUUGAGUGGAGCACAACCUGCUGGAUGAAACAGGCACCAUACAGCUUUCUUUGCCUAAAACAGUUCUAUGCACCACAGUCUGUUCUUUCUUUACCUUCGUUCUGUCACAUUGGACACCUUUUUCUAAACCCUUUCAGUUUAUUUGAUCAGUUUAAAUGUCAUUAUUGUGCGUGUGGAACAGUGCAUUGUGCCAUGUUCUCAGGGUGUUGCAUUCAUAUACCAUGUCAGACCAACACAAAGCCAUUUACACGUCUGUAUGUGAGGUUACUGAGUGUUGUACAGUGCUGUCAGUGUUCACUUCCUGUUGGCGAACAGCGAGCCUCCUGGUGACUGUGGUCAAAAGUUUUAUAUUCAUUUGUCAGCUUAUAAGCUAUCUGAUACAAAAUACUGUGGAAGGAGCUUCUCAGUAGCUCAAACAACAGCCACUAAUUAAAAUUAAAAUGAGACGCCGGCUAGACUUGGACUUUGUCAACAAUAAUACUUUUUUUUUUUUCUGAUAUAUAAUUCAGUUUGUAAAGGUUUUAUCAUUUUUGGGAAAGUGCAUAUCAGUCAUGACCAGGCAGUGAAGGUCGGCCGCUAUUUCAAUAUGCCUCAAUUAUGAGACGACGAGCAGUUUUUUGCACAACACCAAACUUGAUAGCGUCUUAGUGAACGGGCGAAAUAAAAGAAAACGGUGAACAUUUUAUUUCUUUGUUUCAAAAGACAUUUUAAAAAAAUAAAAAUAGAUCAGCAAAGACUAAACAAAAGUUUCAAAUGAUCAACCUUUUUUACUGUGAUGUUUAAUUUUGUCUGUGUGUACAAGUGUGUAUAGUCCUCUCUGAUUUCCUUUAGCAUACAGCUCCGUACAGCUCAAAAAAUACACAUAAGAAACAAGUAAUUUGUUUGUAUUAAGUGGGUACACAGUGAAACAUGGGACCUUUAAAGUGCUCCUUGGUUUGGAAGAUCUCAGUGACUGUUCGAAUGGUCAAAACAAGGUCUCAUUGUAGAAAAAAAAAGAAAAAGAAAAAUACUCUUUAUUAUUGCCAUUAAAUGCUGUAUUACAGUGACCAGCAUAUAUAUCUUGUAUGUUUGUGUGUUGUUGUCCUGUAAAUAACAGUAUGUUACUCCUUUGUUUGCCCUUGAAAAACAGACUGACUAAAAGAAAACAGCAAAUGGAGAGAAAGUAUUUUGUUAUUUGUCCUUCAGGAGACACAGUAUGUACAUACCUUCAGUAUAUUGUAAAUAAGUGCAAAAAAAAAAAUUGCCGUUGGCGUUUUGUGUGUCAUAAAUAAUCUGUGUAUGGCGGUUCAACAGUUAAAAUCUGUUUCAGUGUUUAUUAAAAUGUCAUUGACCAUUUUUACUGCGCUAA